CUGUCGUGAAGAAAAUCACGCGAAUUGGCAAUCCUACAUAAUUUGAAAUGUAACGUCUUUGAUGUCUUCCAGGAUCGAAGAACGAUCGGAUAGCUUGUGAACUUUGUGGAAUUUUUGCGGUGUUUGAUUAGACGUGUAUUCUUCAUAUCGCUAACCUUUGGCACGAGUGAAUUUGUCAAGAUAGAUACUAAAAAUGUGCGAUGAUACUGUUCGCGUUGCUUUACGCAUCCGUCCGUUAGUGAUAAGCGAAAUUGAGAAAGGAUGUCAGAUGUGUUUGGAUGUAAUUCCUGGAGAGCCACAAGUUCGCAUACUCAAUAGCGACAAGUCAUUUACUUACAAUUACGUUUUUUCUCCUGAUGUUGAACAAGAAGAAUUUUAUGAUGUAGCAAUUAAACGAUUGAUAGAUAAUAUCUUUCAAGGGUACAAUGUUACAAUAUUGGCCUAUGGGCAGACUGGUAGUGGUAAGACUCAUUCAAUGGGUACCAAUUACACAGGAGUUGAAGAAAAAGGCAUUAUACCCAGAGUUACUCAGGAUAUAUUUGAGACAAUUAAAUUAAAAGAAGAUUGGAGCUUCAAAAUUUCAGUUUCAUUUAUGGAAUUAUAUCAGGAGCAAUUAUAUGAUCUCUUGUCUGAUAAACAGAGAAGUCAAUCUAUUGUAGACAUCAGAGAAGAUGGAAAAAGCAUAAAGAUCAUCGGUAUAACAGAGAAAGAAGUUACCAAUGCCCAAGAAACAUUGGAAUGUUUGAGCCAGGGUUCCAUAGGCCGUGUUACUGGAGCAACUGCGAUGAAUGCACAUAGUAGCCGUAGCCAUGCUAUAUUUACUAUCUGUAUUCAUCAGCAGAAGAAAGAUGACCCAAAUACAGCAACAGUGGCAAAGUUUCAUUUAGUCGAUUUAGCAGGAUCUGAACGUAGCAAAAAGACUCAAGCCACAGGGGAAAGAUUUAAAGAAGGCGUAAAUAUAAAUAAAGGACUUUUAGCUUUAGGUAACGUUAUUUCACAACUCGGUGAUGGUGCUUCUGGUUCUUAUAUUGGAUACAGGGAUAGUAAACUUACAAGACUGUUACAAGAUUCCUUGGGUGGUAAUUCUAUGACUCUCAUGGUUGCCUGUGUUAGUCCUGCAGAUUACAAUUUGGAUGAAACUCUCAGUACCUUGAGAUAUGCUGAUCGUGCACGUAAAAUAAAGAAUAAGCCUGUGGUAAAUCAAGAUCCGAAAAUCGCCGAGAUAAGUCGACUGAACAAAUUGAUUCAAGAAUUACGGUUAACGCUUAUGAACCAGGAACUUGGCAUAACAUGCCCUAAAGAGCACGAGGAACUCGACGAGAAAUGUAGUACGUUACAGCAAAAGCUUCGAGAUAUGACAGAGAAAUUAAAUUCAAAUUUGGCAGAAAUUGUUGUUAUGCACGAACGAGCUGAAAUGGCUGAACAAGCUCGUGAAAAAAUUAGAUCCGCCAUGACGUUAGUACUAGAGGAAUUUAAACAAGUUCUACAAAGCUUUGAUAUCUGCCAUGAGAUUAACGAUGAAAAACGUAGCAAAUUGAAAAUAAUAUACACGAAAAUGCUAGAUAUUCAAAAUGACGAAAGAAAGGCGUCCGAGGAAUUGUUGAAUUACGAAAUAUCCGUGGACUCUAAAAAUUUUGUAACGUUCACCAAAGAAGACGCGGAAUAUGUACAUACAGGCGAUGCGAACAAUAUCGAAGAUAGCUUGGAUUACUUCGACAAAAAAGAAGAGGAGCAUACAUUACGACAAGCAGAACGAAAUAACGAAGUUCAAAAUAUCAAUAAGGAGUUAGCACUCAAGGAGAGUCUUGUAUCCAAGUUGAUAAAAAGUAUUCCUCAACAAACUGUGGAAAGCCACGGAGACGUUGCGGAGAUGGAAAAGGAAAUUGAGAGGCUGCAUGCGGAAAGAGAGGAACAUUUGCAAGCAGUUCACGCACGCAACAUUACUUCGAAAUUGGCCGAAACACGUCGCAAGAAAGUACAAGAGCUAGAAAAAAAAAUAGCAGAAUUGACGCGUAAAUGCCAAGAGCAGAAUAAAAUCAUUAAGGCGAAAGAGAAGCAGGAUCAAAGAGUAAAAACUCUUUCGACCGAAAUACAAUCGUUAAAAGAAACUAGAGUCAAGCUCAUCAGGCAGAUGCGUAACGAUGCGAAUAACUUUACAAAGUGGAAACAAUCCAGAGAAAAGGAAAUCAAUAGACUGAAAACUCAAGAUCGUAAGCGUGCUUACGAAAUGGUACGCUUAAAAUUGCAACACAAUAAGCAAGAGAUUGUUUUCAAAAGAAAAAUGGAAGAGGCAUUUGCUGUAAAUAAAAGGCUAAAAGGUGCGUUAGAGAUGCAGAAGAAAGCGAUGGAACGACAAGAGAAAAAGGCUAACGGUAAAGAUGAAAUAAAAACGUGGAUAGCUCAAGAAUUGGAAGUGUUAAUGGCUACAAUAGACGCCGAUUUGUCUCUUGAAAAACUGUUGCAAGAUAGAGCUUCCUUAUCUUAUCAGUUGGAACAACUUAAACGAAGUAACGAUCCAAACAAAGAGGAUUGUGCAAAUCUUGCCAAGUUUAUAGAGUUGCGGAAUACACAAAUUGCAGAUCUUCAAAAAGAAAUUGUCGAGUCGGAUCAAGAAGCCAGAGCGAAUACGAGAUGGAAUAUGAUACACUCUAUUGCAGACGCCAAAGUAGUAUGUCAAACAGUAUUUCACCUAAUUGCACAAGACAGAAAGCAACAACGUUACAAAUUUAAUGAACUCAAAGAUAAAUAUCUAAAUCAACAAGCACAAUUAGAAGAAUAUAUAAAAAGGGAAAAAAAGAACAACACGUAUUCCCUGGAAAAUACAUCUACCUCGUCCUCAAACAACAUGGAAAUAUCAAAAUCUAAUAAACGGGUUUUAACAAAAAGUAAUUUGAACAACGAAAACAAAAAGGAGUCUAAGACAACAAAAAAUGUGAAUGAUAUGCCGAAUUUGUUUAUGGAGAAUAUUGAUGGGUGGUGUGAUGAUAGUUUAACAAUAGAAGACGACGACGAUGACAUUGAGAAUGACCCCGAUUGGAAAAAAACACCGCUUUACAAUCGCAUACAGAAGUUACAGAAUAAAUCAAAGCUGUCGGUUCAACAAUUAACUUUUAAAAUAGAACCUAAGAUAGGUGAGAUAAAAUGUGCCUGUAAGACUAAAUGCGCUACACGUUUAUGUUCAUGCCGUAAGAACAAUAUAACUUGCAACAAUUGUAACUGUAAUCCAGAACAAUGUCAAAACAGAGAUCAAGAAAACGUAAGAAAUAAAACAGCAAUUGUUUACAGGAUAAAAUGGAUGAAUCCAAGAGCAUGUACGAAUGAGGCAUAUAUUCCCACAACUAUAGAACACAUGGCAAAUGUGGCAACUCAUGGUAUAUGGGUUGUACCUUCAGUACUAGGCGGUAUCGAGCUUAUACACCGUUCGACAACAUGGGCGCAACUCGUUUCCGCUUGUGUAUAUGGCACUUCCCUGAUUCUUGUCUUCGCAGUGUCAACUUUCUUCCACAGCGUGCACUAUUGCAAUUAUAACAGACAACUGAAAGACGCAUUGCAUCGCUGUGAUCGCGCUAUGAUUUACAUCUUUAUAGCAGCCAGUUACUUCCCAUGGUUAAACGUAGAUUAUUUCUCAGACGACGAGCGUUUAUUCGCGAUGCGAUAUGUUGUUUGGAUUAUGGCUAUAAUGGGCAUCUUGUACCAGCAGAUCUUCCACGAGAAAUAUAAGAUGCUUGAAACUAUUUUCUAUGUAAUUAUGGGUAUCGGACCUAGCGUUGCAAUCCUUAAUGUUCGUAACUAUUAUAAUAUCACGGAAUUGAAACUAGGCGGACUGAUAUACGUCAUUGGCAUAGUAUUUUUCAAAUCGGAUGGUCGAAUACCUUUCGCGCACGCAAUCUGGCAUCUCUUCGUAGCCGCAGCGGCCGGAUUUCAUUACUACGCGAUUCUAAGCCACGUAUUUCCUGAGACGGACGCGAUGAAUGUUCUUGGACCAUCUGGCAGUAUGCCAUCAAUGUCGAAUAUACUGAAAUCACAUCUAGAAUUAUAGGGUGUUGUAUACUAUUUUCUACGAUGUUUCUUCCAAACACUAAAGAUUCUAAAACAUAGCAGUUCUAAGAGCGAACCCUUUAUAUUCUGAUAGAAAGAUAUUGUUUAAUUUAUAUCCACAUUUGUGAAAAGAGAAGAGCUUUUGAUAAAAUCAAAUUGAUUUUUAACGAUGGCUACUAUUAUAUCCCGAAUCGUGGCUUUUAUAACCGCGCAAUAGACAGUCGGGUUUUUUCCUAAUUAUUCCAAAUCAUUCAGUAAACAAAAGACUUGUGCAAUAUGUAAAUAUAUAAUAAUCGUGAAGUUUGUUAAUUAAGUACCUGACAGCCACAUGAAAUUAGAUUCGUGUGUUAUGAAUGUUUGUAUUAGAACUAAAAAAUUAGGUAUCAUAUAUGUAUAUAUAUAUAUAUAUAUAUAUAUACAUAUAUACAUAUAUUAGCGAAGAUACUAAAUAUUAUAUUAUUCACGCGUAUGACUCGAUUAUUACUAAUUGCAUUACAAGUUCGGAUAUGUCUGAUAAAAAAUUGUAUCUUUUGCGUGAUUUAGUACGUUAGUAUUGAGGUCAGCAUUCGUGAAUAAUGCCAAAUUAUUAUAAGAAAGAAGAUUUAUAGCCUGUACCAUUCUACAGGUAUUAUUUUUCGAACAAACACUAUUUCGUUUUACACUAUAAGUUUUAUAAAGAUCUUUACAUUAGAAUUUACGAAAUGUAAAUGCUAUAUACUAGUACUGGUUAAUGCUACAUACUAGUUACUGGUAAAUGGAAAUCAAAUUGACUGAACAUGUAUUCUUUGAUUUUACCGAAAGUGUCAAUCAUCUUUUCGUUUACAGAUAUAUUGUGCCAAAAUUUAAUUCACACUCCUAUCUACUUAAUGUAGUGUUUUCUCCAAUAUAUUGAAAUAUAUGCAAACGCAAUAUAAAUACACAUACAUACUAAAUUUAUGAUACAAUUUAUGUGUGAGAAAAAGAACUAAGCGUAUUUUUAACAAAUUACGAUAAUUUAUCAUUAUUUUAAUAUUUUAGUUAUUUUAGUGAAUUUGCGAUAAUUUUAUGUGUGGUUUGGCAUGUCACCACUUAGAGGAAAAAGAAUAUUAUAUACUUAAGUAUAUGAAAGGAUGUUACUUUUUUGUAAAAUAUAAUAUAUAUUGUUGAAUAAUGAUAUUUUUAUUAUUAAUUGACACUGUUUGCGAGCAUUAUGAUAUAAAAAAUUGAAUCUCUUAUUAUUAAUUUGUGUGUAUACAUUAACAAUGCAAAUAAGAUUAAUUAAUCAUGAUACUUAUUGUAAUGAUUAUAUUAUUAUAUAUUAUUUCGUAUUGUACAUCGCUUAUUUAUAACACGUUUUUUUACCUGUAGCUAUACAUUACAGAUUUAUCUUGUUUGUAUAUAUUUAUUUGCGUUGCGAUUGUACUAUUAAAAUUAAUACAUACUUAUUGCGUAUGUAAUGUGUAUAGCGUCAAUAUCGUAAAGUAUACUAUUAAAAGGAUGCUUAUUUGUAACAAAAGAUGUAAUGAAGACAUUAACUUGCGAUAUACGUAUAUAUCGUGAUAUUGCAAGAAACAAAGUACAAAGUGAUAUUUAUUCACUAUGAGUUCAUUCA